CCCAGCCAGGAUAUGACUUUGAAAAUUCAACUAAAAAUUUAAGAAAAGCCAAUAAUUUGUUCGAUAUCCACCAAGGGCUUGCUUCCCAUACUUUUCUAAAGCUUAUCUUCAUACUUUUCACUUUUCAGCAUUAGUCCUAUUGGCCUCAAGAAACAAAGGCAAAUGUCUGUUGGUUUCCUUACUCCAUUGUUGCUCUCCCUUGCUGCUGUUGUUGUAGUUCAUGGGCAACUCCAAACAGGAUACAUAAGCAUUGAUUGUGGCUCACCUGAGAAUUUCAACUUCGUAGACAUUGACACUGGCAUAAGUUAUUCAUCAGAUGGUGCUUACAUAGACACUGGGAUCAACAAGAACAUUUCUUCCCAGUAUGCAUACCCAAACAAUCCAAAUCUACCUCAGCCACUUUCAGAUCUUAGAAGUUUUCCACAUGGUAACAAGAACUGUUACACCUUGGCACCUGCAGCUGGAAAGAGAGGUUUAUUUUUGAUCAGAGCCUCGUUCUUGUAUGGAAACUAUGAUGGUGACGAUAAGCUCCCAGAAUUUGAUCUUUAUCUUGAUGUUAAUCUCUGGUCAUCUGUCAAAUUUAGCAAUGCUUCUGAUGAAGUAACGACAGAGAUUAUCAGUGCUGCAGUAUCGGAAACUAUAAGUGUUUGCCUCGUAAACAAAGGUCUUGGAAUUCCUUUUAUAUCAGCAUUGGAGCUUAGGCCACUAAGUAGUUCAAUUUAUGGUACAGAACUUGGGAACACUGUUUCAUUAGUACUCUUCAAAAGAUUGGACAUUGGGUAUACAAAUGGAACUGGUCGAUACAAAGAUGAUAUUUAUGAUCGAAUUUGGUCUCCUUACUACUCUCCGUCUUGGAAUAUAGUUAGCACCUUCUCGGCAAUUAACAGUAAUGAAAAUGGAUAUAAAGCUCCAUUAGAAGUCAUGAGCACUGCUGCAAUGCCUCGUAAUGGUAGUGAUCAACUGGAAUUAUCGUGGACAGCUGAUGCAGAUGCUAGUAAAUUUUAUGUUUACAUGUACUUUGCUGAAUUCCAGCGGCUUGAGAAAAACCAAACAAGAAAGUUCAAUAUAUCCUGGAAUGGUUCCCUAAUGUUUGGACCUUUUGUUCCUCGUUUCCUGUAUGCAGUCACCAUAUCUAACUCAGAAGCCUUUACAGGGAAAGAACAUCGGAUUUCUAUUCAUAAAACGGGAGAUGCAACCCUUCCACCAAUUCUGAAUGCCAUUGAGAUUUACACGGCCAAACAACUGGAUGAAUUGCCAACAUUUUCUGAAGACGUUGAUGCUGUUCUUGAUAUCAAAAGAACAUAUCAAGUAAAUAAAGGCUGGGUGGGGGAUCCAUGUGGACCAAAGAAUUAUACCUGGGAAGGAGUGGAAUGCAACUACAGUGUUUCACUUCCCCCUCGGAUAAUAUCUCUUAACUUGACUUCAAGUGGAUUAAGUGGCACGAUAUCUGCUUCAUUUGGUAACCUCUCAUCGGUGGAGUCCCUGGAUUUGUCAAACAAUCGAUUAUCUGGACCAGUUCCUGAGUUUCUGAAAGAACUUAAAUCUCUCAAGUUCCUGAACCUAGAAGGCAACCAGCUGUCAGGUUAUGUUCCUACAGAGCUUUUAGAGAGAUCAAAAGCAGGAUUUCUUAACCUGAGAGUGGAUGAACAGAAUCUUUGUAGCUCAGGUUCAUGCAAGAACAAGAAGAAAAUUGUUGUUCCAAUAGUUGCAUCCGUGUUAUCGGCUUUGAUGGUGUCAGUUGGUUUUAUUAUGUUGUGGAGACUACGAAGGAAACGAAAAUCAAACGCUGAUGCAUCCAAUGGUGAGGGAAGACCAUUGCCAUCAAAGAAUCGGCAGUUUACCUAUGCUGAGGUUUUAAACAUUACUAGCAACUUUCAAGAUGUCAUUGGCAAGGGAGGAUUUGGGAAUGUGUAUCGUGGACACAUGAAAGAUGGCACUCAAGUUGCUGUAAAGAUGCUUUCUCCUUCUUCAACCCAAGGGUCAAAAGAGUUCCAGACUGAGGCUGAGCUUUUGAUGAGAGUUCAUCAUAGGAAUCUGGCUUCCUUCAUUGGAUAUUGUGAUGAUGGAAGCAAUAUGGCACUCAUCUACGAAUAUAUGGCUAAUGGCAAUUUGAAGGAUUACCUCUCAUGUAUCCUUAUUUCAUGUCAUAGUAACCUGCAUCUUUUAAGGCUAUUUUUCAUCCUGCAGUCUAAAUUGAUCCUCAUGGGGAUGAUUAUCAGAUUAUGUGACAACUUAACCCUUGCAGAUAAAAAUUCAAAUAGAUUGAGUUGGGAAAUGAGACUCCGGAUAGCAAUAGAUGCAGCACAAGGUCUAGAGUACUUGCAUCAUGGAUGCAAACCACCCAUAAUUCACAGAGAUGUAAAGACAGCUAAUAUCCUUUUAAGUGAAAACAUGGAUGCAAAAAUAGCAGAUUUUGGUCUCUCCAAGGCUUUUCCCAAUGAUAGCCACAGUCAUGUAAUAACUACAGUUAUGGGCACCACAGGUUAUCUAGAUCCAGAGUACUACAAUUCUCGGAAGUUAAAUGAGAAAAGUGAUGUUUUUAGUUUUGGAGUGGUGCUGUUGGAGCUGAUUACUGGACAGCAUGCAAUCAUAAAGAAAGAUGAAUCAAUCCACAUAGUUCAUUGGGUGAGUCCUCUGAUUGAAAGUGGGGAUAUAGGAAGUAUUGUUGAUCAAAGGCUGCAUGGAGAAUUUGAUGCGAAUUCUGUCUGGAAAGCUUUGGAAGUGGCAGUGGCAUGCACAACACCAACUUCCUUCAAUAGAGCUUCAAUGAGCUUGGUGUUAACAGAGCUAAAACAAUGCUUGGCCAUGGAGUUGUCUCACAACAGGGAAAGAAGACAAGGGUUCAGUGAAGUGAUUUACAAUAUUGGACCAUACAAUUCGCCUGAAGUUUAUUCUCUUAGCACUGCCACUGAAUCCAUUACUAGUCCAUCUGCAAGGUAGCACACCUGAUUUGUAUAACUUCUUUUGUUGCUGAAACAAGA